UUGAUGUCGGGAGUCCUCGCCUUGUCUUGGGCUCAAAUGAGCUGUUUGCUGUAGUAGGGAAACAUUAGUCCUCUACCAGCCAGCCGGGGGACGCCACAGUUCAACUUUUUUUGUUGCAUGUGGUGGGGGUUUCUGCACUUUUUGGAGGCGCCGUACACUGAGGAGAUUUAACCGUAAAAAAAGUCUUUCUUUUUCUUUAUUUCUACUUUUUUUUUCUUCCCUUUUUUUUUGGUGACAUACACAAUUUUUUUUGAAAAGUGUGUUAAUAUCGCUGGUGGGGGGGAGAAGUCGACAUGCCUCAGCUCAGUAGCGGCGGAGGGGACGACCUGGGAGCGAAUGAUGAGAUGAUAGCGUUCAAAGACGAAGGAGAGCAAGAGGAGAAAAUCCAAGAAAAUGCGUUUACGGAGAGAGACCUGGCCGACCUCAAGUCCUCUCUGGUGAACGAGUCGGAAAUAAAUCAAAGUCCGAACGCAGCGGCGGUCAGACGGGGACAGCAAGGCGAGCAGAGGGGCUUCCCAGAGAAACACCGGGAGCAUCUCGAUGGUGUGUCGAAGCAGGAUGGAGGCAUGUACAAGACGCCGGCGUACCCGGGGUAUCCGUUCCUGAUGCUGCCCGACCCCUACCUCCCCAACAGCUCGGUUUCACCAUCUUCCAACAAAGUGUCGGUGGUCCAGCAGUCUCACGGGAUGCACCCGCUGACGUCCCUCCUCCCCUACAGCAACGAGCACUUCAGCCCGAGUCCUCCACACCUGCCCACAGACAUGAGCCAGAAGACAGGCGUUCACAGGCAUCAGUCCCAGGACCUCUCAGGGUACUACUCCCUCCCUCCAGGCAGCGUCGGCCAGAUCACUCCAUCCAUGGGCUGGCAGAGCCAGCCAGUCUAUCCUGCCCUGUCCUCCUGUGGAUUCAGGCAGCCCUACUCCUCCAACCUCCCCAGCGCCUCCUCCUACUCCAGGUUCCCUCACUCUCUGAUGCUGGGCCCCUCAGGCAUGCAUCCAACAGGGAUCCCCCACCCAGCAAUAGUGCCCCCUUCAGGCAAACAGGAGCAUGACCAGUAUGACAGGGGCAUGUACGUGAAGCCGCAGGUGGAAGCCAAGCGGGAGAAGGAGCCCAAGAAGCCGGUCAUCAAGAAACCCCUGAACGCCUUCAUGCUCUACAUGAAGGAGAUGAGGGCGAAGGUCAUCGCAGAGUGCACGUUAAAGGAGAGCGCCGCCAUCAACCAGAUUCUGGGACGGAGGUGGCACGCACUGACCCGAGAGGAACAGGCCAAGUACUACGAGUUGGCCCGGAAAGAGAGACAACUCCACAUGCAGCUCUACCCGACCUGGUCUGCCCGCGACAACUACGAGGCGGGCCUUAGCGGGGUCGCAGGGGAAAAGAGUAAAGCUGAUUGGGGCAAGAAGAAGAGAAGAAAAAGGGAGAAGCAGCAGGACUCCAACACAGACCCGGGCUCUCCUAAGAAAUGCCGGGCUCGCUUCGGCCUCAACCAACAAACGGACUGGUGCGGUCCCUGCAGGAGGAAAAAGAAGUGCAUUCGCUACCUUCAAGGAGGAGGCUGCCCCAGCCCAACUUCUUCAGAUUUAAGUGCUAUUGACUCUCCCCCAUCCCCUUCCCCAGCCCACCACCGUCUGUACCAGCACCAGCGCCCCCUCUCCCCGGUCUGCUCCCCGCUGCCCACCUCCCCGUCAACACGCCUCCCCUUGUCUCCGCCAACGCACACACGCUUACCCCUGGAGCAAUCCGCUGGCAAGCACAGCGACCUCCAUCAGACCGCAAGCAAACACACCCACACACACCUGGAACUGUCCGGCAAGCAGACACACAGCUCGACAACGGCGCUGUCGGCCGCCAAGGCUGCAGGACUUUCUCUCAAAGUGCUUACAGAGACUCAGUGAUCACGCAGGUCCACUCGACAUCCCUGACCCCUGUUCACCUCAGCUUCCUGCAGAGCCAUUAAGAUCAUCUUCCUCACAUGUCUUCAUUCUCACAUUCAUCUACACCCUGUGGUCCUUUUGUCUGAUUACAAACACAGGUGUGACGGAGAGUGGCAGGGUGGUGUAGUGAAGGUGACAGCGAGCAUCCACCCUACUGGACUGUCCCAGAGGAAGAUAGUAGCUGUGUCUCAGUUCAGAGACUGGAUCCUCUAAAGUUUGUGUUAAUCUAGACCAAAUACAUCAUGAUUAGGUCAACAAGGCCUCUUCUUUCUGCUCUGCAACGGUCACUUCUUAAAUUAAAUAUUUAGGCAAUCCUCGUCAAUUUAAAGUCUGAAAACAUGAUUAUUUUCUCUAUUAAUCGGUUGGUCUAUGAAAUAUCAAUCACUGUUUCCCAAAGUGACGUCCUCAAAUGUCUUGUUUUGUCUUGAGCAACAAUCCAUAAUCAAAGAUAAAGAUAUUGUGUUUAUUGUCAUUUUUAAUCAUCAUUGCAGUUCUACAGACAACUUCCUGGUAAGGAACGUGGAAAUAAUUGAUUUUAGAAAUUGACGAGGAGCACCUGAAUGCAGCAGAGUAUGUAGUGCCUGUGAGGCUCAGCUGUCUCAUUUACAAGAGGAAGGUUCUGGUUUAAUCUGGCCUGCAGCUCCACUAAAGGAUCCAGCCCCUGAAAUUAGUGACCGAAACCUGGAAAGCUCCAGACCACACAGAGUUCUGGUUACACAGAGGCAGAAGAGAAUAAAUCUGGUUCUUUAGCUCCAUCUGCUGCAAUUAAACUCAGUGUUUAUUUCUGCCUCUGAGAAAUCAUUUGACAUAUAUAUAAAAAAAAAAACUUCUUCCGCUCCUGCUUCUUUUGUGCAGCUUACCUUGUGCUUUCAGCUCCACGACAAUCAAAAUGUUUUGCAAAUGAGCUCUGUGUUAGAUGAGCUAAAAGCUAAAAAAAAAUAUUGCCAUGCAGAGAUAAACUUCUAAAGAGACUCUUUUUCAAAUGUCAGUGUUGUUACAUAUUCACUUUUCACCAAAUGUUAGGGGUCCAUAAUAACAAAGACCAUGCUCUUCCUUCUUCAACAGCUAUCACUUUGAUAUACAUUGUCCAAGCGUCCAUUACUGUCACUCAGACCAAGCCGUUAAACCCAUUAAGAGGGGAGCAGAGACCAACAAGCAGCCAGCCCAACCAGCAGAACAUCAGCUCUGCUUCGUUCCAUUUUUACACAUUUUUAUAUCUACCUGUGCAGCUCCUUUCACAAUAAAAUACAAAAACAUUUACAGCCAGGGAAAAAAAAAGUCUCAGCAUUAUAGGACAGUGUAUUUCCAAUUUCAAGUUACAUUCUUUUAGGCACUUUCAGGCUGUCGAGUCUCUCGCUAUAUCAACCGUUACAUGUUUAUUGCAUUUCCUCCUCAUUUUUGGUAUUUUUGUAUGAAUCUCAUGAUUUUUUUUUUUUAAGGUCAGAUGUUUUGCUGGUGGGGAAACCCUCAAGAGAGAGAGAUGAGGGAUUCUUCUUGAAGUCUCUUGGCUGUUUUCCUUUGACUGAACGUUUUGCAGCUCUGUAAACUAAUCUGAGACCAAAUGGGUACUAUUAUAUAACAUUGUGUUGUAAAGUUUUAUAAAUGUUGGAAUUCCCUAUUAUAAUUAAACUUUUAUAUGUUUUUAUGUAAAAAAAAAAA